AUGCAUUUUUUUACCAUUGUUUUCACUGCGGCAAUUUGUGUUACUGGCGCUAUUGCCGCUCCAACCCCAAAUAACGGCCUCGAUGUGGUUCACGUUGGCCAACUCGAGGCGCGAUCCUCCGACGAGAAUGCUAAAAAGGAGAUGGAAAAGCAGCGUCAAAAGGAGCUGCAAAAGGAGCGUCAAAAGCAGCGAAACGAGGAGUACAAUCAAUUUCUUCGUGAUGAUAGAGAAAUGUGGGACCAGUCAAAGGAGUUUUUGGAUAAUUUGAAGAAACCGGCGCUGGACGAGGAGAAGAGACGCGGCUUUCGCUCUUAA